GUCACGCACGCUGGGAGUCUCUCGUCUGCACACGCGCUGUCGAGAGGAUGUCGCCUGACUGGUGGACGCUGCUGGUGCUGCUGGUGGUGGUGGUGGUGGUGGCGGCGGUAUGGUGGCGCCGCUGGAGCAGACACUUUGCGCGGCAGGGGGCGCCCUUCCUGCGGCCGCUGCCCUUCGUGGGGAACAUGCUGCCACUGGCGUUCCGCAGGUUGGCCAUGCACGACGUCGUCGUCCAGCUGUACCGGAAACUCGACCCUCACGCCUACGGAGGAUUCUUCCUGUUUUCUGUGCCACUCGUAAUGAUAAGAGACCCUGAAAUCAUACGGACGGUCACUGUUAAAGAUUUUGACCACUUCACAGACCACUUUGUGCUUUUCGGCAACAGUAAACAUAAUCCAAUGUUGCGGCGGAUGCUGUUUUCGUUGAAAGGUAAAGAGUGGCACGACAUGCGAUGCACCCUGAGCCCAGCUUUCUCUACGAUGAAGAUGAAGAACAUGUUCUUACUAAUGACCGAGAUUGGACAUCAGAUGGUCGAGUAUUUGACGAAGAAAACAGCGGAGCUUGAGAUUUCUUCUGGCGGGGAAGGGAUCCUCACGCUGGAGAUGAAGGACUUCUUCACACGCAUGACCAACGACAUUAUUGCAACCACAGCGUUUGGAGUCAAGGUGGACUCGCUUUCGGAGCCCGACAACUCUUUCUACACGAUGGGUCGUGCUCUCACCACCUUCAGACCGACGGUCGCUUUUGGAUAUCUGAUGUCAUCGAAACUAAUGGAACUACUGCGCAUACCGUUCUUGGACCCAAAGGCCGUGGACUACUUCACGUCCAUAAUCUCAGAAACUAUUCGAACGAGAGAGAAACACGGAAUCAUUCGCCACGAUAUGAUCCAUCUAAUGAUGCAGGCGCGACGAGGCGAACUAACAUCGCAGGAAGAAGAGGUAAACGGAACCACGGAAGUCAAAGGAAAGCCACCCCUUACCGAUGAAGACGUGACGGCGCAGGCGGUUAUAUUCUUCUUCGGCGGCUUUGAUACCGUUUCGUCUCUGAUGGUGUUCAGCAGCUACCUGUUGGCCACGCAUCCGGACGUGCAGCGGCGCCUGCAAAAAGAAGUGGAUGUCGUCAUGCAGAAGAGCGGCGGGAAGCCCAGCUACGAGGAGGUCCUGGGAUGCCAGUACCUCGACAUGGUGCUCUCCGAGAGCCUGCGCAUGUACGCGCCGCUGCCGUCCCUGGACCGCCAGUGCGUCCGCCCCUACAGGCUGCCGGCGGCGGGGAGGGGGGGCUGUCCAGGGCUGGAGCUGCGGCCCGGAGACGGCAUCUGGCUGCCGGUGCACGCCAUCCACCACGACGCCCAGUACUUCCCAGAUCCCGACCGCUUCGACCCGGAACGCUUCAGUCCGGAGAACAAGCACCUCAUCAAACCGUUCACGUACUUUCCGUUCGGCUGUGGACCACGUUUCUGCAUUGCUCAGAGGUUCGCACUGAUGGAGACAAAGGUGGUGCUGCUGCACAUGCUGUCCAGAUUCAGCCUGCAAGUGGUUCCCGAGACUCCAGUGCCACUCAAAAUUCAGCCAAAGCCAAAUCUCUUGAUCCGAGGUGGGGCUUGGCUGGGCCUUCGACGCCGGACUUGACUGAUUGAGUGCAGAAACGAAAGUUAGUCUAUGGCGACCUCAGCAGUGUAUCACAUUAAGCGUAAUGUACAAGAAAAACCGAAAGUUAAUGCCACUUAUUGAAAUAUUUACUUGUUGGAUCAAAGAAAAGUUUUAUAUUAUGCGGUAUGACAUUAAUUGAACUUUGCUGUUUUAAAAUAGCCAGGGAUAUUCGAAGUAUACCGCCAUAUUAUUCACUCAGAUGAGUUUUCGAGGUAAUUAGUUUUCUUGCUUUCAGACGAGAUAUUCCUGAUUUGACAAACAUCUUUGUUAAUCUCUAGGCUAUGUAACUUCUUCAUACUGUUUUAUGACUGUAAUUAGAGUCUUCUACAUUAUCUGUUACAUGUUGCAGAUUACGCUGUCUUGUCACGAAUUUCACAGAUUUUGUCUCGGUGGCUGAGUUGGUGAGGAGUGGCGUUGAGACGCUACCUGUCACUCGGUUCCCUAGGGCGGAGGGACACGACGGCUGUUGGUUGCCUCGCUACG